CUCUUGUCAAUGGUUUCCUUUGAGAAUUGGACACCUAAUAGCUUGCAUUGACAAUUAAGAUUUAACUAAUUGUUUUUUCUCGAUUAAUUUAUUGGUACUUGGUCGAUUUUCUUGAUGCAUAUCCCGUCUCUUCUGAUGAGUAUUUUCUUAACAUAGAAACAUACCCUCUCUUUCUCUCCUCCCACCUUUUUUUUCCAUGAUUUUUUUUAAUAUAAUACUUUAAUUUCAUCAAUUUUUAGAUGUUCACGCAAUCUUCAAUUUCAUUUUUAGUUGGCACUCUAAUUCUGAUAUAAUAUUUUGCUUGAUUUACAGUUGAGCUCUUGCUGAUGAUGGAGAAAUAACCUUUGGGAUGUUAAGUUCUUGCAGCAAUGGGGUCACUGAACAUGGAGAAGAAAUGGGUCUUCCCUUUAGUCAUAAGCUCUUUAAUAUGUGUGUUUCUUUUAGCAACUUCAUUAAACAUGGGUCUAAUUUCAUCACUGCACACAAUCAAUCAAAUCUUCAAGAUAUUUCUAUCACGACAUCUUCCAAUGGAAGGCUAUGCUGAGAUGAAUAUUUCACGAACUCCUCCCUCUCAAACUCCUGAAAUUCCUAGAUUUGCUUAUUUGAUUUCUGGGUCUAAAGGUGAUUUAGAAAAGCUAUGGAGAACUCUUUAUGCACUUUACCAUCCAAGGAAUCAAUAUAUUGUUCAUUUAGACCUUGAAUCUGCAUCAGAGGAAAGAUUAGAGCUCUCUUCACGUGUCGAAAAACAUCCCCUUUUCGCCAAGGUUGGGAAUGUUUAUAUGAGCACUAAAGCUAAUAUGGUUACCUAUAGAGGACCUACAAUGGUUGCUAAUACACUUCAUGCUUGUGCAAUUCUUCUUAAGAGGAGUAAAGAUUGGGAUUGGUUUAUCAAUCUUAGUGCUUCUGAUUAUCCUCUUAUAACUCAAGAUGAUCUUCUUCAUACAUUUUCGACCAUUAACCGAAAUCUGAACUUUAUUGAGCACACUAGUCAGUUGGGUUGGAAGAAGGAAAAACGCGGAAUGCCUGUGAUUGUAGAUCCUGGUCUCUAUUCAACAACAAAGCAGGAUUUGUUGUGGAGCACACAACUUAGAGGUUUGCCAACAGCAUUCGAAUUAUUCACUGGUUCAGCAUGGAUGGUUCUCUCACGUCCAUUCGCAGACUACUUAAUUGGGGGUUGGGAUAAUCUACCACGACUCUUACUUAUGUACUACACGAACUUCGUCUCCUCGCCUGAAGGCUAUUUUCACACUGUAAUAUGCAAUGUUCCUGAGUUUGCUCAGACGGCUGUUAACCAUGAUUUGCGCUAUAUUUCUUGGGACAUUCCCCCCAAGCAGCAUCCACAAACUCUUUCCCUCAACGACACGAAGAAAAUGAUCGACAGCGGUGCUGCUUUUGCUAGAAAAUUCAAACAAGAUGAUCCUGUCUUAGAUAAGAUUGAUGAGGAAUUACUUGGCCGGAAGAAUGGGAGCUUCACUCCCGGUGGAUGGUGCUCUGGUAGUCCUAAAUGUUCCAAGGUUGGGGACUUGAAUAAUAUUAAACCGGGUCCAGGAGCUGACAGAUUUAAACAUCUCGUAGCUAGAGUAGCUUUUCUGUCUAGGCUUGAACAGAAUCACUGUAAAUAGAUUUCUCAAAAGGUUCAUGCUUGAAGAUGGACAUGGAUUCAGAGUUGUGUCUGCAAUCCGGACAGCAUUGCAUCGGAAGAUUCUUGUCGAAGAAAAGGAUUUCGAUGCGAGAGUUGCAGCCACAGUUGCUUUCUUGUGAAGAAGUUGAGGUAUGCUAGUGUCAUUACAGUCAUAAGAAAUCACACUCUUAUUGCAGUGGUCAAAAUCUAGUAGUAGUACAGCACAUUUACCUGUCAUUUUUCAGGUUUUUAUCCUCUUACAACUUUUGCACUUUCAUCUUGAAACUUCAGCAGCAGGCUAUUUUCACUGCUUCUGUAUCCUGCAAUAAUUAGAAAAUUUUCUUAUCUUCUUGUUC